AUGGAGAUCGAUUCGGCGGUGGCGCCGUCGACGUCGACGUCUCUGGCAACUACCGGUAGAGCAUCUCCUCGAGCCAAGAAAAAUGCCGUACAGAACAGUGUUGACCAGCCUACCGAGGCUGAAAUUCGAUCAAGAAAGUCAUCGUCGUCAAGUCAAAAGUCGAGUAAAAGUAAGCGAGCAAGGAAAGAAGAACUCACCAGGGAAUUCGAGAACUGUCUGGAACAGGUGUUGACGUGGCUUUUGGAAGCCGAAGAAGAACUCAGCUUGUUAGAAAAAGUGGAUCGUGACGACCUGAAAAUAGUUCGGAAACAAUUCAGAGAUUUCGAACAGUUCAUGGCGUCCCUAACGGAAAGUCAGGAUACGGUAGGCAGAGUGCUGCAC